GACUGAAUUCAGGCGCACCGAAGAUGAUGAGUGUGGUGGACAAGCCACUGUUGGCGCUGGUGCUGUUUGGUGUGCUGUGGGUGAGCACGUUCUACGAGCCUGCAGAUGUCAAGGACGCCGGCACCGUGGCACAUCGCCUGGUGGCGCUCACAGAUGCCGUGGCCAUGCGCCUGCACGUUGCCGGGCGCAACCGCCGGCUCGCAGGCCUGCCGCUCAGGGGCGCCAACCACAGCAUCCACAUCUGGACCGCUCCACUGCACGAAGCUGACACUGGUGCUGAGGGUGGUGGCGAUGGUGAUGCUGGUGGUAAAGUUGAUGCUGCUGGUGGUGGUAAUGGUGCUGGUGGUGGUAAUGGUGCUGGUGAGGGAAAGGAGGCUGAUCGCAGCUGUGAAACGGACGACGGGUGUGGAAGUGAGAGCAGCAAGAGGUACACCUCGUCGACCCAACGCUGGGAUCAUCGGCAUUACUUCAGGAGCAAGCUCACCGGUGCCACUGCCGUCGAACAGGACGUUACUGACAUUGACAGCUCGCUGUUGUCAGAGUGCCGAGACAUGGUGGAUGCUGACCGCAGCUUGAGAAGCCAGGCAGUGCAAGGAAGCUUUCUCGACUUCAGCAACAGGGGCGUUGAGGGAAAUCUCCGUGGCUGGCCCGCAAUGGCUCUCGACCACUAUCUCUGGACCGGCGGGCUCUCCCACCACACCGCUCCAGUCGACGUGCUGCGUAACAGGACCCAGGGACCGAGAGUGCUGAAACAGUUUGGCAAUGCAAACACACCGCAGCACGCGUGUGUGCAGUACUUGCAGAAGCUUGCAGCUUCAGUGGCACAGGGCCCAGCCAUCGUUCCCGAAAACAUUGCUCUUCGUAUCCUCGGUGACAACACAGAGGUUCCAUUCCACACGACGACACCGCACAUGCGCACGCGUGAUGGCGAUGCACCAGAGCACAUUGUGGUGGCAAGCCACCAUCUGGGACUGCACACGCUUGUGCGCCAGCCAACGAUUUCUGCCAAAGUGUUUCUUCCCCUCAGCACCACUGCUGUUGACACGAAACACACGCACGAGUUUGUGGUCUGCAAUCUCGGACCACGUGAGCAGUGCGUGUCUGUGCCGGCCAUCGGGGGGACCGUAGUCGUUCUGGACACAGAUUCCGCCAUGCACGCCGUCAAGGCUGUCCACGCAAGGGACGUCAGCGCAGAACAGCAACAUGAAGGGUCCGUGAUGGAAUUGACGGUUCGCUUCAGGGUUCAGCAGUGGCCAGACCAAAAGCGUGUACUGCCUCCCACGCGUGCUGAGUUGCUCGAAUCCGUCAAGGCGGACAUCAGCCGUCGAUACACGUUCAACUUCCGCGCGUACCUGUUCACUGCACCUGAUCUGUGGGAGCAGCAAGUUGCAUACGUGCUGCGAGAUGCGAUGGUGUUCCCCAGCAUCGUAUCGCCGAUUCAGUUCAACGUGUGCAUGCUUGCCAGCACCAUCAGUGCCCCAGCCAUCAUCACGGAGGCGCUGGGUUGUGUGGCGUGA